AUGUCAAGAAAAUAUAGCGAUUCUCCAUUUCAAGUCCGUGAAGUCGAUGUGAAAGAUAAGUAUGAGUUUAUAAAGAAGAUUGGUAAAGGUAGUUAUGGUGAAGUUUGGCUUGUUCUACCGAAGAAUUCGUUUGCAACGAAAUCGCAAUCAAGACAACAAGUUUUAAAACGCUUGGAUCUUCGUCAAGCAUCGAAUGAAUCAACACCGAACGAUAUUGAAACAGCUGAACGUGAAGCUAAAUUGUUAUCAACAUUGAAACAUCCGAAUAUUGUUGCAUAUACCGAAUCAUUUCGUUCAAGCGAUGGUUUUCUCAAUAUUGUCAUGGCCUAUUGCGAAGGCGGAGAUUUAUAUACUAAAUUGAAAGAAAAACGAUUGAAAAAAGAAGUGUUACAUGAAAAUCAAAUCACAGAAUGGUUCAUACAGAUAUGUAUGGCUUUGCAGUAUAUUCAUGAAAGAAAUAUUCUUCAUCGCGAUUUAAAGACUCAGAAUAUCUUUUUGACAAAAAAUGAAAUUGUUAAAGUCGGAGAUUUAGGAAUAGCAAGAGUACUCGAUUCUGCAAGAGAUCUAGCCACAACCGUCAUUGGUACACCAUAUUACAUGAGUCCGGAAAUACUGCUAAACAAACCAUAUGGACAGAAGACGGAUAUUUGGUCAUUGGGAUGUUGUGUCUUCGAAAUGAUCACAUAUGAACAUCCAUUCAAUGCAAAAGAUAUGCCAGCUUUGAUCAGCAAAAUUAUCGCCAAUCAGACGCCACAAAUAUCGAAACGAUACAGUCAACCGUUGAGGAAUAUCAUCGACUCAUUAUUCAAGAAGAACCCUGAUGAACGUCCAACUGCCAAGGCUCUCUUACAAAAUCCCUAUAUCAAAGAUAAUAUUCUCAGAUUAUUAGACAAAACUGAAAAAAAAUGCCAUAGUCAAGUCAAGUCGAAUUCACAACCCGUAGUCAAUUCUCCGACGCGACCGGUGACUGCUGCUAGUGUCCUAUCGCCAUCAAAAUCUCGUCUUUCGAAUCAUAAUAAUAGUCCGUCGGUGCUUCCAUCUUAUCAUCCAGUGCUACCAUCCGUGUAUUCUCGACCACCUUCAUCAGUUGAUAUUCCUCAACCAGCACCCGUUGCUGAACCGAUCCAAUCCAAAGAACCAGUGAUAAGCCAAUCGAGAAUACGUCGUAUUAACGCACGUCAGAACAGCAUAGGUCCCACUAAUGAGCAAGAAAAAAAUCUGGAAUAUCUAUCAAAUCUACGGAAUAACGACACGCUGCAUCGUCUAAGACGUAAUCAACAGCUGGGCAACCAUAUAAAACAACAACAACAACAAUCAUCAACGUCCGGUGAACAGGAAGGAGCAUCUGCCCGAUCUGUGCAAGACCCUACUCGUGGACCAGUAAUGCAAGUGUCGCCACCAUCGUACAAACAAUCGCGAGCAAAUUCUGCUGAAUCGAAUAGUAAUUCUUCUCUGCCCCCAUCACCAGCUCGAGUAACGAAAUCAUACGAUCUAAAUCAAGGAUCGAAUUCGAGAGCACGGCAACGUCGACGCGAGAGUAAACUUCGCUCCUCAUCAACAGAAUGUACAACACCGACUGAUUCACCGUCUCAAACAAUCGUGACAACCGACAAUGACUCACCAAAACAACAAGAGUUUUCAGAUGAUUUAGUUGAAGAACUCGAAAAGAAGAAGGAAGCAGAGAAAGAUGCCAAUGAUCUCGUUUUCAUGUUGACAGCCACUUUACAAUUGCCACCAGUGAAUCCUCCUGUAAAUGAUGAAAAUAAUCGACCGUGGUCAUGCGGUGAUCGAACUGUAGCUGAUCCACUACAUGAAACACAUCGUCUCCAUCAGCGUUGUAAUCAAAUUCGACAACAAUGUCUUCAGGAAAUAAGUCCACCGAAACUAAGACGUGCACUCGAAAUCGUCGAAAAUGUCAGCGGUGCUCAAAUCAUCCCAGAAAUGAUUGAUGAGCUUGGUGAAGAUUUAUAUAACAAAUACUCAGCGCAAAUCUUCUCAUUGAAAUUCUAUGAAGAUGCUUUGUUAAUAUAUUCGUAG